CCCCCUCUUCUCCUUACAUAACCAACGAAGAGGCGUAUUCUCUUAAACUUCACCCCUCACUCGCAACAUGAACGGUGCAACUUCAGCGGAGCUAGAACUUCCAGGAUUCAGAUUCCACCCCACUGAAGAAGAGCUCCUUGAGUACUAUCUCUAUGGAGUUUUAUGCGGUAAAAAGCUCAGCUUUGAUGUAAUCGGAACCGUUAACAUAUACUGUCAUGACCCUUGGGAAUUGCCUGGGUUGGCUAAGAUUGGAGAGAGGGAAUGGUACUUCUUUGUGCCUAGGGACAGGAGAAAUUCGCAAGGGAGGCGGCCGAAACGGACGACCGAGAAUGGUUUUUGGAAGGCGACUGGUUCGGACCGUCCCAUACGGAGCGUCAAGGACCCGAAAAGAAUCAUAGGGUUGAGGAAGACGUUAGUAUUCUAUAAUGGCAGGGCCCCAAGAGGGUGCAAAACGGAUUGGGUGAUGAACGAGUAUAGAAUGCCUGAUGCCUAUCCAUUGCCAAAGGAAGACAUAGUACUGUGCAAGAUUUAUAGAAAAGCAAUGUCACUCAAGGAGCUUGAGCAAAGAGCUGCCACGGAGGAUGAUGCACUGCCGUUAAAAGAAUGCUUAUCUUUGAUUGGUAAUGUUUCAUCACAUGAGGAAGAGAACAUUCAUUUGCCAGUGCCCUUAGAAGAUGAUGUUCUGAUGGAGAAGAUGGAAAAUAUAAAGGAAAGCCAGCUUGUACUGCAGCAUCAACAACAACAGCAACGAGCGGGGGUGGAGACGAAGAGCUGGCCUGAGCUUCAAUUGACAAUAAAUAGCUUGAAAUGGAUUCAUGAUCCUUUCUUGUUGGGUAACCCAUGGCUUGAGAAUUGGAGCCCCUCUGCCAAUCUAUUGAACUUUCAGAUGUUCUGA